AUGCGUUGCUCGACCUUUGGAGCUGUGCUGGGCGCGCUGGCAUUUGGCUCCGCAAACGCGCUCGACAAUUGCGACAGCAACGUGCUGGUGAAGGCCUACGCGGGCCUUGAAGUGAAUACGGAGCUGCUAUCGUGCAUGACUAAGAACAGCUUCAGCGCCGCCCUGGACGGUUCCGUGGAUCUUACGACCGUGAACGCUGACACGGCGCCCCAACAGGUCAAGGCCAUCUGUGCCUCGGACUCGUGCAAGACCAUUCUGUCGGCGCUCGUGAGCAGCGUCAAUUUCGAGCUCACAAACUGCAUCGUCGGUAACAAGCUCGUGCUUAAGAGCGAGAUCAGUACCCUACAGUCCACCUGCACAGCUCUCUCGGCACCAGGCACCCCUAAGCCUGCCGAUCCUACUGAAGCUUCAGCCGCCACCCCUAGCGCCGCGACAGCGGGCGCCGAUACUCAUCAGCAGAAUGCGCCUGGGGCUCCGACUAACACUGCUGAUACUACGAAGGAGGUCCAGCCACUUGCCAUGCCUGCUCCCACGGAAGCUUCAGCAACCCCUAAUGAUGCACCGGCAGCGGACAACAAACCUAAGCAGAAUGAGCCUAUAGCUCCGGCUCCUGCUCCGGCUCCGCCUUCCGAUUCGGCUCCAACUCCGGCUUCGCCUUCCGAUCCGGCUCCAACUCCGGCUUCGCCUUCCGAUCCGGCUCCAACUCCGGCUUCGCCUUCCGAUCCGGCUCCAACUCCGGCUUCGCCUUCCGAUCCGACACUGACAUCGGAUCCGAUAAAUAUAUUGGAUUGA